AUGUUUAAAACAUUUUUAAGUACAUGCCGUUUAACUCAUUUAACCGUGGCCGAUUGUAAAUUUGAUUGUAAGAAUACAUUAAAAACAUUAAUUGCACAUAAUUUAUAUUUAUCUGCUUUACCUGAUAAUAUAAAUGAGUUAAGCGCUUUAAAUUGUAUCAACAUUGCCUUUAAUAAUUUACAUUGGUUACCGGAAAAUUUUACUUUAUUAAAAAAUUUACGAAUAUGCGAUGCCUCAAAUAAUGUUCUUUCAUAUUUCCCACUAAAUUUUCUACAAUUAAAUUCAUUAUCUGAAUUAUAUCUAGCUCAUAAUUGUUUAACAGUUUUACCUAAUUUAAUAGAAUUAAAAAAUUUACGGGUAUUAGAUUUAUAUAACAAUAGUUUAGAAACGAUUGAUAAACAAUUAAUUGAUUCUAUGUUAGAAAUCGACUUCGAUUUAAACUAUAUUGAAUAUGAUGACUGUGAUUUAAUAUUAAAGAAAAAAGUUAGAUUACGCGAACGUUUAAAUUUAACUCGACUAGAUGGACAAAAAAGUAAGCCUACUCCAAGUAUUGAAACGAAUAGUGUAACAAGUCAAUCGUGGGAGGAUCAUGAAAGCGAUGAUUAUUUGGAGGAUGAUCAAAUUGUUGAAUAUAUUGAAAGAGAUACAAAAUCAGAGUCUGAUGUAGAAAUUUGGGAUGAUGUAAAUUAUUUAGAUGAUAAUUUUUUACCUUCUCCAAUAUCUAUUCAGCCUCGGUUCGAGAAAUUAAAAUUAUCAUCAUCACCGGUUUAUGAAUAUGAUUUGUAUGAAAUUUUUAAAGAUGCAGAUUAA